GGAGCGACUGGGAGGAGAGGAGGCAGAGCGGAGCGGCAGGACUCUCGCGAGAGGAGGCAGGCUGGGAGCCCGCUGUGCAUAAAGAGCCGGGCCGAGCGGGACGACGGUGGCCGGGCGCAGCAGCGUAGAGCGGGACCGUAGCGGGCUUCUCUGGGCCCUCGGAUCCUCUUCCCUGCCUUGCCCUUCGUGUCCUCCGGAGCUCCCUAUGUCCGGGCUGGGAGCAAUCGGGUGUCCCUGCCGCCCUUGAUAAGUGUCCUCUGUCAGCCCUAAGGGCCUGCGAUAGCUUCUGGCAAGAGAGAACUAUUUAGCCAGCCUAUGGAAGACUGUCCCAUACAGUGAAAUGGACAACACAAAAUAACUGAUUGUCAGAUGCCUCUUGCUGAGCUUGUAGGGCUGUGCAAGACUCGGGACCAAAAAUGGUAUUGGUUGCAAGUGAUCCACAACAGAAUGUUGUAUCUAGGGUUGUUAGCCUUCCCUUGGUGAGUACCACCUAUGAUAUGGUAUCUUCUGCCUAUGCCAACACAAAAGAUAAGCACCCCUACCUGAAGACUGUAUGUGAGAUGGCAGAGAAAGGAGUAAAGACAAUAACUGCAGUGGCCCUGACAAGUGCUAUGCCAAUCAUCCAGAAACUGGAGCCACAAAUUAUGGUUGCCAACAACUAUGCAUGCCUGGGACUGGACAGAAUUGAGGAGAGGCUGCCAAUGCUGUAUGAGCCAACUGUCAAAGUGGUUGCCAAUGCUAAGGGUGUAGUUGUUGGAGCAAAAGAUGCUGUAAUGACUACUGUGACUGGUGCCAAGGAUACUGUUGCUCACACUGUUACUGGAGUUGUGGGCAAGACAAAAGGAGCUGUGCAUGACAGUGUGGAAAUGACCAAGUCUGUUGUCAAUGGGAGCAUUAAUACCGUCCUGGGAAGCCGUGUGGUGCAAAUAAUGAGCAGCGGGGUGGAUGGUGCACUGAGCAGGUCAGAGACUCUUGUAGACCAGUAUCUUCCACUUACUGAAGAGGAGCUAGAAGUGACAAAGGUUGAAGGAUUUGAAGCUGGAGUUCAAAAGCCAAGCCACUACGUUAGACUAGGUUCCCUGUCUUCUAAGGUCCGUGCACGUGCCUACCAACAGGCCUUAAGCAAAGUUAAAGAUGUUAAACGCAGGAGCCAAGAGACCAUUUCACAGCUUAAUAACAUGGUUGGUCUGGUGGAGUAUGCCAGAAAGAACAUGAAUAGCGCCAGUCAGAAACUUCAUGAUGCCCAGAAAAUGCUAUAUCAGUCUUGGCUAGAAUGGAAGAGAAACACAGGCCAAAAUGAUGGUGAUGAAUCGCAUAGUGUUGAGCACAUUGAGUCACGCACACUAGCUAUUGCACAGAGCCUGACUCAGCAGCUCCAGACCACCUGCCUCAUGCUCAUGUCAAGCAUACAGGGGUUGCCACAGAACAUCCAGGAUCAGGCCCACCAUAUUGGGGUGAUGGCAAAUGACAUCUACAGAAGCUUCCAUUCUACUUCCUCUUUCCAUGAAAUCUCUGAUAACAUCCUUGCCACAAGCAAAGAACAACUGAAGAAAAUGAAGGAGUCUCUGGAUGGUGUAAUGGAUUAUCUAGUUAACAACACACCACUCAACUGGCUGGUGCUAGAUUUCUCUAUUACAGACUUGUCUUCAGAAUCUGAUGGGAUUCCAGAUAUUUUGGAUUUGGAUGAGGAAGACCAGCCAGAUUUUUCACAUGCAAAUGGCCCUUUCAUCAUGGGACAAAGAGCUGAAUAAAGAUUGGACACAACACUGUUAUUUUAAUUCAGUAUAACUUUUAUUGCCAUGUUAAGUUCUGUUUUGGCUUUUUAAAAAGAAAACCUCUAUACCCCAAAAGCUGGAUAGUUAUUUUGGAUCAAUAUGGCUUAACUUAACUGUAUCAAACUUCUGAUUAGCGUCUUUUUUCCUAAGGAAUGCAUGUUAGCUUACCUAAGUAGCAUCUGCAUCAAACUUCCUCAUGAGGUCCAAAUGUGGCCUGAUCAAUGUUCUCACCUGAUGUGCACAUUAAUUUAUGACCAGGUGCCUGUUUGGCUGUUAGUGGCAGCCAAGACAGCAAUUUUAGUACUUUGACCAAAGGGGUAUCUACAAACAGAACUGACUAGGUCUUUCCUUUUUAGGAUCUGUGUAAAAGCACUUCUGCAUCUACCUCUUCCUUGCUAGAAAUGGCAGCAGACUUGGAUUUGAUCAUCAGAGCCUCGUCAAGUUUUAUUUCAGUUUGGCCCUUUUUCUUACAUGCCUGAAGCAGGAUUCCUUUGUGUAAAAUGCUUCAUGUAUGAAAAAAAUCUCUGUUUUCCUCUACGUGCUUUCCAUGGCUGGGAACCUGGUGAGAUCAAGAGUAGGGGCUGUGGUUAGAGAAGGGCAAAUGAGAUACAAAUGAUGUUGAGAGCUAAAAAAAGCAAGUAAGAAGACAGAAAGAGAAAACAAAGAUAAAUAGGAAAAAGAAGAGUGAUCUCAAAGAAGUGAGAGAAAUGGCAAAAAUAGAAGGAUCGAAGAGACAUGGGUAAGAGACAGAUAGUAAAAGUUGGAGAAAGUGAUCUGAACGGCAUAAAUCCUGGAUUUAAAAGCAGCCCAUCACUUUCAGUGAUAACCGACUAGAGCAAUCAACUGUAUGCUGAAGGUUUGAUUCUGUAUUUCUCACACGCAUGUCCUGCUAAUUUCAGAGGGAGCUUUGGGGUACAAAAGUGCAGCAGGAUCAGGUCUGUUGAGUGCUAAUGACUAUAUUCUGUGUUCUUUGUGCACAAAUCCUGCUGACAUCACAGGGAAGGCCCUUGUGAGUUCAGAAGUAUUAUAUGGUGCUAAUUUUGUAGAGUAGGCCCAGAACUUCUGCUUAAAAAUAUAAUUCUGCUCUUACUAUAGGAUGAGGCUGACAAGCCCACUCUAUAGUAAUAUAAAAGCUGAUUGUUGUGAAAGUUUUAAGGUCUAGACACUGCAAUGCCUUGAAAUAAAGUUUGAGUUGUAUAUAA